AUGGCUAAUACAGAAACGAGCACGACAAUAACAACAACAACAACAGUGGUAGCAGCAGCAAAAGCAGCAACAGCAGCAAUAGCAGAAACAAUCGUUAAUAAAGUGCUAUUAGGAGAAAAAUCAUCGAACAAACGUCCGGGGUCAGAAACAAAAAGUCUGUUAACUAAUGUUAAUAAUAAGAAGAAAAAAGUAGACGAUAAUAUUCAAAAAUCAAUUUCAACUGGAUUUGAUCAUCACCAUCAUCAUCAAUACAAUAAUCGAACAAAACUCGUAGAUAUAUGUCCACGAUCACCAUCACCACCACUAUCAAUACCGUCAUCACCAUCUAUCGAUGUUGAAAUUGAAAACCUACCUAAUUCCUCACAGUCAGCACUACGCACAGAUUGUCAAUCGUUAUCUUCAGAUUUAGGAGACAUUUCUCAACCAUCAUUUAGAGAAUCAACAUCGAUCCAUAAUACUCUACAAGCAAAAACGAGUGAAAGAGUUGUAUUAAUGACAGGAGCGGAACAAUCGAGUGUGGUACAACCACUUUUAACUGAUCUCUAUCAAAUAUCAAUGGCAUAUGCAUAUUGGAAAUCAAAUAAACAUCAAGAAAUAGCAACAUUUGAUUUAUAUUUUCGAAAAAAUCCAUUUGGUGGUGAAUAUACACUAUUUGCUGGUCUUGAAGAAUGUUUAAAAUUUAUUCGUGAUUAUAAAUUUCAUCCAACAGAUAUUGAAUAUCUUCGUGCAACAUUAUCAUCUUAUAUUGAAUCAGAAUUUUUUGAUUAUUUAUCACAACUUAAUAUGAAUGAAAUCAAAGUCUAUGCUGUACCAGAAGGAACUGUUGUCUUUCCUCGUUUACCAUUACUACGAAUUGAAGGUCCAGUACUUAAAACUCAAUUACUUGAAACAACUUUAUUAACAUUAGUUAAUUAUGCAAGUUUAGUUGCAACAAAUGCUGCUCGUUUUCGUUCAGCAACAGGAGCUGAUAAAACAUUACUUGAAUUUGGUUUACGUCGUGCACAAGGUCCUGAUGGUGGUUUAAGUGCAUCAAAAUAUUGUUAUUUAGGUGGAUUUGAUGGUACAUCAAAUGUUUUAGCUGGUAAACUUUAUGGUAUUCCAAUAAAAGGUACACAUGCUCAUGCAUAUGUUAAUUCAUAUGAAUGUUUGGAAGAUUUAAGCGAAAGAGAAUUAUGUGAUCGUUUAAGUGGUGAGCGUCGUCCAUUUACAAAUUUAUGUUUACAAUAUUUAAAUGAACUUGGUCCAAUACUUAAAAUUCUUCCUGAAGAAACACAUAAAGGAGAAUUAGCUGCAUUUAUUUCCUAUGCAAUUGCAUUUCCAACAAAUUUUCUUGCAUUAGUUGAUACAUAUGAUGUACUUAAAUCUGGUGUACCUAAUUUUUUAGCUGUUGCACGUGCAUUACAUGAAUGUAAUUAUCAAGCUGUUGGUUUACGUUUAGAUUCCGGUGAUUUAGCUUAUUUAUCCAUGAAAGUUCGUGAAAAAUUUCAUGAAGUUGCAAUUAAAUUUAAUUUAUCAUAUAUGGAACAUUUUAAUAUUGUUGCAAGUAAUGAUAUUAAUGAAGAUACAUUAGUAUCAUUAGAAAAACAAGGACAUGCUAUUGAUUCAUUUGGUAUUGGUACACAUUUAGUUACAUGUCAAAAACAACCAGCACUUGGUUGUGUUUAUAAAUUAGUUGAACUUGCAAAUUCACCACGUAUUAAAGUUAGUCAAGAUAUUGAAAAAGUAACAAUACCUGGUAAAAAAAAUCUUUAUCGAUUUUAUGGUCAUGAUGGUAAAGCAUUAUGUGAUUUAUUAACAAGAAUUGAUGAGCCAGAACCACAAACAGCAACUCGAAUGCUUAGUCGACAUCCAUUUUUAGAACAAAAACGUGCAUAUGUUACACCAACAACAGUUCGAAAUUUAUAUGUUUUAUAUUGGGCUGAUGGAGAAAUAAAAGUUCCAUUGCCAACAUUAAAAGAAAUUCGUACUUAUGCACGAGAACAAAUUGAUCAAUUACGAAAAGAUCAUAUACGUGAUCUUAAUCCAACACCAUAUAAAGUUUCAGUUACAGAUGAUUUAUUUCAAUUUAUGCAUAAACUUUGGAUGAAAAGUGUUCCAAUUGGAGAACUUGAUUAA